AUGGCCAAGAAGCACCUGAAGCGCCUUUAUGCCCCCAAGGACUGGAUGCUGAGCAAGCUCACGGGCGUGUUCGCUCCACGUCCCCGUGCUGGACCCCACAAGCUGCGCGAGUGCAUGACUCUCAUGAUUAUCAUCCGCAACCGUUUGAAGUACGCGCUGAACGCCAAUGAAGCCCAGAUGAUUCUCCGCCAAGGCCUUGUGUGUGUAGAUGGCAAGCCCCGCAAGGAUACAAAGUAUCCGGUUGGCUUCAUGGACGUCGUGGAGAUCCCAAAGACUGGUGAUCGCUUUCGCGUUCUAUACGAUGUGAAGGGCCGUUUCGCACUGGUGAAGGUAAGUGAGGCUGAGGGGAACGUCAAACUACUGAAGGUUGAGAACGUCUACACGAGCACUGGCCGCAUUCCUGUUGCCGUAACACACGACGGGCACCGCAUCCGCUACCCUGACCCCCGCACCCACCGCGGAGACACUUUGGUGUACAACAUGAAGGAGAAGAAGGUGACAGAUCUCAUUAAGACCGGCAACGGCAAGGUGGUGAUGGUUACAGGAGGAGCGAACCGCGGCCGUAUUGGCGAGAUCAUGUCGAUUGAGCGCCACCCUGGCGCGUUUGACAUUGCGCGUUUGAAGGAUGCUGCUGGCCACGAGUUUGCUACCCGGGCGUCCAACAUCUUUGUGAUCGGCAAGGACAUGCAGAGCAUUCCAGUGACGCUGCCUAAGCAGCAGGGUCUCCGCAUCAACGUGAUUCAGGAGCGCGAGGAGAAGCUGAUCGCCGCCGAGGCCCGCAAGAGCAUGCAGGCUCGUGGCACACGCAAAACUCGCAAAUAG